GCCCAACCUUCCGCUUUCCCCCGCCCCCUGCUCCCCUUCACCCCGCCGACAGCUCCGUGGCCGUCUCGGUCCCGCGGCCGGUGGUUCGGGCGCGCGCGCCGAGGGUCGCGCGGCUGCUGAGGAGGGCGAGCGCGCGCUGGGAGGGAGUGGAGGCGUAGGGGGGCGGGGGUACGGCUCGAUUGCUCGCAAGAUGGCGGACGAGGACGGGGAAGGGAUUCACCCCUCAGCCCCUCACAGGAACGGCGGCGGCGGCGGCGGCGGCGGCGGGGGGUCCGGGCUCCACUGCGCCGGGAACGGCAGCGGGGGAGGCGGCGGCCCGCGGGUCGUGCGCAUCGUCAAGUCCGAGUCCGGCUACGGCUUCAACGUGCGGGGCCAAGUGAGCGAGGGCGGGCAGCUGCGGAGCAUCAACGGGGAGCUGUACGCGCCGCUGCAGCAUGUGAGCGCCGUGCUGCCCGGGGGGGCGGCCGACCGGGCCGGGGUGCGCAAGGGGGACCGCAUCCUGGAGGUGAACGGCGUGAAUGUUGAGGGGGCGACACACAAGCAGGUGGUGGACCUGAUCCGAGCAGGCGAGAAGGAAUUGAUCUUGACAGUGUUAUCUGUACCUCCUCAUGAGGCGGAUAACCUAGAUCCCAGUGACGACUCGUUGGGACAAUCAUUUUAUGAUUACACAGAAAAGCAAGCAGUGCCCAUAUCGGUCCCCACAUACAAACAUGUGGAGCAGAAUGGUGAGAAAUUUGUGGUGUACAAUGUUUACAUGGCAGGGAGGCAGCUGUGUUCUAAGCGGUACCGGGAGUUUGCCAUCCUACACCAGAACCUGAAGAGAGAGUUUGCCAACUUUACAUUCCCUCGACUUCCAGGAAAGUGGCCAUUCUCAUUAUCAGAACAGCAGUUAGAUGCUCGACGUCGGGGAUUGGAAGAAUAUCUAGAAAAAGUGUGUUCAAUACGAGUCAUUGGUGAGAGUGACAUCAUGCAGGAGUUCCUGUCAGAGUCAGAUGAGAACUACAAUGGUGUGUCUGAUGUAGAGCUGAGAGUAGCAUUACCAGAUGGAACAACAGUUACCGUCAGAGUUAAAAAGAACAGUACUACAGACCAAGUAUAUCAGGCUAUUGCAGCAAAGGUUGGCAUGGACAGUACGACAGUGAAUUACUUUGCCUUAUUUGAAGUGAUCAAUCAUUCCUUUGUACGUAAGCUGGCUCCUAAUGAGUUUCCUCAUAAACUCUACGUCCAAAAUUAUACAUCCGCUGUGCCAGGCACCUGCCUGACUAUUCGAAAGUGGCUUUUUACAACAGAAGAAGAAAUCCUCUUAAAUGACAAUGACCUUGCUGUUACCUAUUUCUUUCAUCAGGCUGUCGAUGAUGUGAAGAAAGGUUACAUCAAAGCAGAGGAAAAGUCUUACCAAUUACAGAAACUAUAUGAACAAAGGAAAAUGGUCAUGUACCUCAACAUGCUAAGGACUUGUGAGGGCUACAAUGAGAUCAUUUUCCCCCACUGUGCCUGUGACUCCAGGAGGAAGGGGCAUGUUAUCACAGCCAUCAGCAUCACACACUUUAAGCUGCAUGCCUGCACUGAAGAAGGACAGCCGGAAAACCAGGUCAUAGCGUUUGAAUGGGACGAGAUGCAGCGAUGGGACACAGAUGAAGAAGGCAUGGCAUUCUGUUUUGAAUAUGCGCGAGCAGAGAAGAAGCCCCGAUGGGUUAAAAUCUUCACACCAUAUUUCAAUUACAUGCAUGAAUGCUUCGAGAGAGUGUUCUGCGAGCUCAAGUGGAGAAAAGAGAACAUUUUCCAGAUGGCAAGGUCACAGCAGAGGGAUGUGGCCACCUAGCCUUCCCUUUUCCCCUUCCCUUCGUCCUCUUCCUCUUAUCCUUCUUGUCUCCCAUGUCAGACAGAGUAACCAUUAACACAAAAGAAGAGAAAAGGAAAAAAGUCAUUAUAUUCAAAAGCCCUGAUCUAAAUAUUCUUAAUAACUCCCUCUGAAUUUCAUGUAUCUGGAAUUGAGCUGGUAGAGAACAAUAGAUGGUCAGUACCAGAAGUCCACUGAGUUAAGACAGGAAAAGAAGUAAGCCCAGCCAACUCGCCAAAGGUGUCUGUCCUUUCUCCUGGGCCUCACAUCGACAGACUCUCCUUGUACUAUAUUUUUAAAACUGGAACUAUGAACUUCAUCCAUUUGCACUGUUCAGACAUAUAUAUGUAUGUAUGUAAAAAAUUAUAUAUACACAAAUUAACUGCACGUAUAUACAUAUAUAUAUAUUUCUUUUUAAAUUUCAUAUUGAUGGCAGUACCUUUUUUAGCUUGUGUUUUUACACACCUUUCACUAGAAUUCAUGACCUCUCUCUUGCUCUCUUUAUUUUGAAACAAACUUUUAAAAGGAAAAAAAAAAUUACAGGGAAAAUACCUCUCCUCAUGAAGGACUCGAAAAGUUUACAACCUGCUUGGGUUUUUUCCCCCCUUUUUUGUAUCGAGUGCAGUUUCUGGCUCAUGGGUUGCCAUAGAGUCUGAGGAGCAAGGAGCAUAGAGUGUCUGUCUUCCAAGAAGGUGCUGGGGAGGAGAAGGAGGUGUGUUUCUGGGACAGCAAGGCUGCAGAUCUGCAGGAGAGUCUGUAGACUUGGUGUGAUGUGAUUCCAGGGCAGUGUUCCUGGCCCACGCUCCCAUUCAUGGCUUUCUAGCCCAUUGUGCAUCUCCUUCCUGCUUCUCUAGGGCACCUCAUGUGCUUUCCCUUAACUGGCCCAGAGCCAAGUUGAGCAUGGGCUCAGGACACCGAUGCCGCAGGAACCCGAAGCACCUCCCGGUAGUCAUUUUCCAGACACCUUAGGCAUGAAGGUGGGACUUACAGAGGGAAAGGGAGGAAGGGGUACUGUGUGACAGGUCUUACUGCUCCAUUCCUGCCGAGAACCCCCAGAACUGUUAACUCCCUGUGACUUCCUUCCGCAGAGCGUUGGGGAGGGAUCUGACAGUGUCUUCAGGGCCUUAAGGGAAAGUCGGAAGGGGACUGUGGUCUAAUCAAACCAUGGCCUGCCUAAACCAGCUAAGAACCCAGGAAGGCAUGGGAUUAUGGUAGAUUUGGGUUGGAUCUCCAUCUUUUACUUCCACCUUGGAAGGAAAACCUUUUUGUCCCUCCAAGUUCCUCAUCUGAUUUUGCAGCUAAAGCCAGGUCUGAUAAGUAGAGUCACAUUCCCGGCUCUGUACUGUAUCCUGAGCUCUAUACGAUUGAGUAAGAAGCACGAAGUCAGGCUCAGAUGCAAGUGAAACACAUCUUUGAACCUUCUUUUUUCCCCUCUUCACCUUUGAAAUAAAAACCUCCACAGGAUGGCAUGGUCUGCUUUGUGUGCCAGGAAAUCAGUCAGAAUUGGUUGUAGUCGGCUCCACUGAGCAGUGUGGGGUGAUUUGAAAUUUCUCUUUUUUAUAACUGUCACCCUGUUAUCCUGGCAGCCACUUGCCCUGGGGACCUUUCUCCAAACCCAAGUGGAAUCAGCAUAUAAAACAUAAGAAUGUUAAUCUUUAUUAAAGUUGCCGAGGGUACUCAUGGUUUGAAGGCUUUAGUAUAGGAUUGACUCCUUUUGGCUUAAAUGAAUUUGAUAAUGAGC